AUGAACAGACAAGUCUGCAAGAAAUCCUUCAGUGGUGGGAGCCAGGGUUUCUCUGGCCGCUCUGCUGUGGUCUCCGGCAGCAGCAGGAUGAGCUGUGUGGCCCGCUCUGGGGGAGCUGGUGGAGGGGCCUGUGGCUUCCGGAGCGGAGCAGGCGGCUUUGGCAGUCGCAGCCUCUACAACCUGGGCGGCAACAAGAGCAUCUCCAUCAGCAUGGCAGCUGGCAGCUCCCGGGCUGGAGGCUUUGGGGAAGGGCGGAGCAGCUGUGGCUUUGCAGGUGGCUAUGGAGGUGGCUUUGGGGGCAGCUAUGGUGGUGGCUUUGGUGGUGGCAGAGGAGUAGGUAGUGGUUUUGGAGGGGCUGGUGGCUUUGGUGGAACUAGUGGCUUUGGUGGUCGUGGUGUAUUUGGUGGGCCUGGCAGCUUUGGUGGUCUUGGUGGCUUUGGCCCUGGGGGCUUUCCUGGGGGAAUUCAGGAAGUGACUGUAAACCAGAGUCUCCUGCAGCCCCUCAAUGUGGAGAUUGACCCCCAGAUUGGACAAGUAAAGGCCCAGGAGAGGGAGCAGAUCAAGACCCUCAACAACAAGUUUGCCUCCUUCAUCGACAAGGUGCGGUUCCUGGAACAGCAGAACAAGGUCCUGGAGACCAAGUGGGAACUGCUCCAGCAGCAGACCACAGGCUCAGGGCCCAGCAGCCUGGAGCCUUGUUUUGAAUCCUACAUCAGCUUCCUACGCAAGCAGCUAGAUUCACUUCUAGGGGAGAGGGGGAACCUGGAGGGAGAGCUGAAAAGCCUGCAGGACCUGGUGGAAGACUUCAAAAAGAAGUAUGAAGAUGAAAUCAACAAACGCACUGCGGCAGAGAAUGAGUUUGUGGGGCUCAAGAAGGAUGUGGAUGCGGCUUUCAUGAACAAGGUGGAGCUGCAGGCCAAAGUGGACAGCCUGACAGAUGAAGUCAGCUUCCUGAGGACCCUCUAUGAGAUGGAGCUGUCCCAGAUGCAGAGCCAUGUCAGUGACACGUCUGUGGUUCUGUCCAUGGACAACAACCGCUGCCUGGACCUGGACAGCAUCAUUGCCGAGGUCCGUGCCCAGUAUGAGGAGAUUGCCCAGAGGAGCAAGGCUGAAGCUGAGGCCCUGUACCAGACCAAGCUUGGGGAGCUGCAGACCACAGCUGGCAGGCAUGGGGAUGACCUGAGGAACACCAAGAGUGAGAUCAUUGAGCUCAACAGGAUGAUCCAGAGGCUACGGGCUGAGAUUGAAAAUGUCAAGAAGCAGAAUGCCAACCUGCAGACGGCAAUUGCAGAGGCUGAGCAGCGUGGAGAGAUGGCCCUCAAGGAUGCCAAUGCCAAGCUCCAAGACUUGCAGGCUGCCCUACAGAAGGCUAAGGAUGACCUGGCUCGGCUCCUGCAUGACUACCAGGAGCUGAUGAACGUCAAGUUGGCCCUGGAUGUGGAGAUUGCCACCUACCGCAAGCUGCUGGAGGGAGAGGAGUGCAGGAUGUCUGGAGAGUGUCAGAGUGCCGUGUGCAUUUCAGUGGUCAGCAAUAUUACCAGCACAAGUGGCAGCUCUGGCAGUAGCCGUGGAGUUUUUGGAGGGGUCAGUGGCAGUGGCAGUGGUGGCUACAAAGGCAGCAGCAGCAGCAGCAGCAGCAGCUAUGGAGUCAGUGGCGGCAGCGGCAGUGGCUACGGAGGAGUCAGUGGCGGCAGCAGCAGCGGCUAUGGAGGGGUCAGCAGUGGCAGCACUGGGGGCAGGGGUAGCAGCGGGGGCUGCCAGAGCAGCAGUAGUGGGAGCAGGCUCAGCGGUGCAGGUAGCAUCUCCGUGAGCCACAGUGGAAUGGGCUCCAGCUCUGGCAGCGUCUACACUUCUGGAGGCAGUGGCUACAAGUCUGGUGGUGGAGGCAGCACCAGUAUCCACUUCUCCCAGACCACGAGCUCAAGUCAGCAUAGCUCCACCAAGUGA